UUUUAAUCACUGAAUGUAGGAAUCCUGACCUUUCACCUCAGCUCUCCUCCUCCUUCCUUGUUUCUUUCUCUGUCUUCUCUCACUUUGCUGUCAAAACCUUUUUCAGUUUUCAGCCAAUCGGGUCGGUUCCUGAGCCUGAGUUUCAGUUUUCAGCCAAUCGGGUCGGUUCCUCGGCCCGGCUGGCUCUCUGCCAGCUGCAGGUUGUCGUUAAGGUCGUCUCCAUGUACACAGCGGCUCGGCUCGGCUCGGCCCACCCAGCCGCUCUCCCACGGCCCAAACCUCCGUUAGUUUGAGUUCAGGCAGGAAAACGCUCAACAUGAACGUCUCUGCAGAUCCCACUACUCCAGACUUCCAGAGGAGCGGAGAGGAGCUGCCCGUUUCUGUGGACGAACUACGGCAGCUGAUAGAGGACAAAGUUAGCUUCCUGCGGUUAGCGACUGCAGACAACCAGCAGGGUUUGGUGUUGGAGGAGAACCCAGAACAGGAGUUGUCACGGUUUGCUGCUCUGAGUCAGGAGUUGACCUUUCACCUCCAGGAGCUGCAGAGCCGAACGGAGCAGGAGCUCAGAAACAUCCAAACACAACUGUGUGAGAUCGAAGGCCGCCUGCAGCAGCUGACCGCCGAGCCGCCCGACCUUCAGCAGAAGAAGAAACAGACAGAAGAAGAAGAAGAAGCGACGACCACUUCCUGCCCUCAGACCACCGCCAAGCUUGAGGCCAUCGUAUCCGAUCGUUUGAUCCGGUCUGAACAGCUGGUGUUCCAGGAGCAGGCACUGAGCGCGCUCCGUGACCUGCUGACCCUCGACCUGCACAGGUACCAGGAAGAGAGACGCAAACUCACCUGCUUCACCGAGAAGAUCAUCGGCCGAUCGCACAGGUCAAACGGAGAGAAAACCUUCAUCUGUGCAGAAGAAAGUAUGCAGGGGAAGAACGAGGCGGAGCUGGAAAAGAACAUGCAUCAGCCAGUAAGUUCCCAGAUUCCCAGUAAGGAGGGAUCACGUGGCGGCCAUGUUGGUUCCAACCUGCGGCGAGCCAACAGCGUCAAAGACCUGCUGAGUCGAUUCUCCGGUCCGACUCCAUACUUGUUUUCAUCCCAGAGCGCUUUCUCUGGACACAGACGAGUCCUCCGCUCCGUUUCCAUGGAGUCUCUGAACUCUUCCAAGUCCAAGCUGAGUGUUUUUACGCCGAGUGCCAUCGAAGAGGUCGGGAGUUCGACUCCAUCCAAAGACGCCAAACAGAACGAGGCGGAGUCAAUUAAGAAGGAAGUCAAAUCCACGAGUAUAACCGCCAGGGUUGACUGUCCAGUAGAGGACAGCGUUCAGAAGACGGAUUCAGAAACGACGAGCAAACCGAAAACUCCAAAGUCUGGUAGAGACUCAGUGGGCGACUCUGGCUUGGGCUCGGAGUCAGAAGUGGAUUCCAACAAGCAGUCCGACAGCCCGUCCGAGGAGGAGCCGUCCACGCCCAGAGCCACCAUUGUCGCCCAGAACCCCAAGUACCAGCUUCUGUUGAACCACGAUCUGAAGACUAACGGGCUGAGCAGCAGGGAGGCCAAUGGGCCAGGCGGCGGCGGGUCGAUCGGAGACAAAAGCCCCCGGCUCUCCAGAUGGGAGACCACCCGGCUGGGGACGAACAACUUCCGUGGGUCCCUGGAGUCCCUGGCCUCUCGGGACUGGGACACGGGUACUGACAGGUUUAUGCACAGCGCCACCUUCUGGAAGAAACACAGAUUGAAGACGGGCGUUGUCGACAGCCCUCCCCGGGUCUUCAACAGUCCGUACGCCACGACCACGUCCAUGGAUUACACCCCGGCCUUCAGGAUGUCCGAGUACAAGGUUCAGGGCGGACUCUCCCCGGCCACCUCAGAGAUGAACCUGUACAGCUACAACAGCCGCAGCACCAGCCCCAUCGGCAUGGCCACGCCCUCGCUGACCGCCCAGCGCACACGCUUCUCCACCUACGACACCCUGAGGAGACGGUCCGAGAUGAACAACACGCAUGUGGCGCCGGUUCACUACAGCAUGCGAUCCGCCACAUUGGGAGCACCGAAUAAGAAAGACUUCAUAGAAGAACUGACCAAACAACUGGACGGCUGUCAGAAGCGCAACGCCUUCCUGGAAGCAGAGAGCGUCGAGAUGGAGAAAGAGAGGAACCAGAUCAGGUUCGAAAUGCGCGCCCUGCUGGUGAACAACGAGGACCUGCUGAGGACCAACGCCCAGCUGAACAACGAGCUGAAGAGAACCAGAGAGCAGAUGAUAGAGAUGGAGAAGGAGAGCCAGGGGCUCAGAGAGAGAUGCCGAGAGAUGGAGAUUGAGGUGAAGGAUGCCCGGGAAAUGAUGGUGGAGGCCAAUGAUCAGGAGUACGCCUUCAACUUCCUGCAGCAGUCCCUGAAGAACAAGAUCCAGGAUGCUGAGGACAACCUGGAGAAGCAGACCCAACACGCCCAGUCUCUGGCCGAGAAGCUGUGGCUGACCGAGAGGCAGCUGGAGGAGAUGGAGGUGGACAAAGAGACCCGAGACAAGAAGACGUCUGAGCUCAACAGCACCAUCCUCAGGCUGGAGGAGGAGCUCAGCGAAGCGCUGAAGGCGUCAACCCAGAACUCAGCAGAACUGAACCUCCACCUGAAGCUGCGUGAAGACGCCCAGAUGAGGGUGGAGGAGCUGGAGGAGGCGCUGCUGGAGAAGGACCAGGAGGUCCAGAAGCUGCAGCAGCUGGUCAGCAAGCUGCAGGGAGAGGUGUCCGGGAAGCUGAUCGAUAAGGAGCGCAGCCUGGAGGAGGAGAUCCAGCUGCGGGAGCGGCUGCAGCUGCAGUGCAGGCAGGCGGAGCGCACGGUGGACGACCUGACCAUGGAGCUGCAGAGCACCAACCAGGCCAAGGACGACCUGGCCAAGCAGCUCAAGGUGGCCCAGGAGAAGCUGAUCGACAUGGAAACGGACCUGGAGGAGCUGCUGGAGAGCGAGCAGCGCUGGGCCGCCAAGCACAAGAAGACCAUCGAGCAGACGGAGCAGCUGCAGCUGAAGCUGAUCCAGGAGAAAGAUCUGAACGACCAGCUGGAAACGGAUAAGGCCUUCAUGGAGAGACAGAUCAGGGAGCUGCGUAAGGAAGUGGAGGAGCUGCAGAGCUCCAGGGUUCAGGAGGACGUCGUGUCCCGGGCCGAGAUCCGGGCCAAGGAGCUGGAGAGCGCGCUGAGGGCCGAGGAGAGAAACAAGGCGACUCUGACGAACUCCAUCAAUAAGCUGGAGAGGAAGAUCAACGAGCUGAGCGACCAGCUGGAGGAGGAAACCCGCAUCGCUAACGAGCAGAAAGAACUGAUGACCCAGAGGAUGCGCACGCUGAAGCGGCAGCUGAAUGAGGCGGAGGAGGAGGCGACCAGGAAGGAGGCGCAGUACCGUCACCUGCAGAGGGAGCUGGCGGAGGAGAGGGAGUCGAGCAGCCGGCUGCAGCGGCAGCUGCUGGACCAACACCUGCAGACCAAACGUAAAGACAACCUGACGAUCCGUCAGACUCUGGACAGCCUGAGGUUGGACCUCAGCGGAGAUGAAGACGAUGAAGAGGAGGAGAAGCCGCUAAGUGAACAACCAACCACCGUUACUAAAGUUUAACCCCUGCAGCGCCACCUUCCUGUGGAGAAAUGGAUUCAUUUGACAGGAAACCAGCAGAAUCUGCAGCAGAAACACAGAAAUGACUUUUAGCUGCUUGGAAAUAAUCUCAUGUUGCCGGGAAAGUUCUUCACUUUAAACUAGCUGAGAAAUUCAUUGAGAUGAAAUCUGGUGCUAGGUUGUAGCAAACACUUUGUUUUCAGGUUGUUCCUGCCAUAAAAACACAAACAGGUUCAAAUCUCUUUUCCUCUUUUUAUGUUUUUAAGAAGUUAAAUUCCCUCGGCGCCCUCUGCUGGUGGACACCAUGAACUACAACCGCUUCAUUUUGCACUCAGCUGCUCUUUUCUUUCAAAAUGUUUAUAGGAGAUGUGAUCUGGAAGCAAACUUUGAGGAAAAUGUUUAAGUUUCUCCUAGUAGAAAAUAUAGAAUAAGCUUUAAGAAGAAAACUGUCUGGAAGCCUCGGUUUUUAUUUUCUGUACAGAAACGUUUAUCUCAGUAUUUGUGUUUAAGAUGCUUCAACGGGUCGUGAAAGUGUCUGUGGGAUCUUUGAUCGUAGCUUUUUUCAUCUCAAUCACAGCAAAGAUUAUUUAUAUGUUUUGAAGUCUUUCUGGGACGUCUUAAAAGUUUAAUUGUUUUGCAUAUUUAAAGGGUUUGCUGCUGUUUUAAUGUAACUCUGCCAUUUGUGUAAAGAAGUUUGAACAUUUAACGGGGCGAGGAAAUCGUUCACCUUCUGUCGUCUGCAACGAAAGGAGAUCAGAAAUAUAACCUUUAACUCCAUAAGCAGAUUGAUUUCUGCCGUGUUUCUCAUUUUAAACAAACACAAACAGGUUUUAAAUCUGAACGCCACAUUUAGUUUUCUCUCAUGUUGGGUAUUUAUUUUUCGCCCUUUGGUACAAAAUAAACUUUAACCUUCA